AUGCAACUACAAGUCUUUUUCAUUGGCCUCGGUUGCUUCUUCCUAGGCAUAAAUGGUCAUCGGGACAUAUCGCUUAUCAAAAGAGGUCAGAGGGGCUGGAAUGUACCGGAGAAUGGAGUAACUUGUGGAUCACAAACAUUUACCAAAGACAAUAUUAUGAUGUUUGGAGAGAAGGCCUGCAAUGAAUUUGGCAGGCGGAAUAAUCACUCGGCUGGUUCUAGCAUGGUAGAUGGAAAAGCUCACAGAACUGGCACAUGGUCUAAUAAUGGGGAAAAAUAUUACUUAUUACCAAUGAGAUCUAAUAGAGAGGGUUCGACGCACCAUCAUUCUCCCUCGAUUUACAUGCUUGUCACAAAAGAUGGUAGAGAUAUCGGCAUCUACUCAAAGAAUUCACGAAGCGGAUUCGCUAGUAAUUCGUACACCUUUUGCUGGGAUAGUUACAGAAAUCUCCCAAAUGAUGGGAGGCCUGCAACUGAUUAUAAAGAAAAAUAUGGUCUCAGAUUUUAUUCAUAG